AUGGACGCUUUUCUGUUCAAGGGAUCUUCUCGUGCUGAGCGUCUUAUUGUCCGAGAACCCGAAAGUGGCUUUUGGCGGCAGUUUGACAAUGAUGGCCUCAACGCGGAGGUUUUUCUGAAGCAGCUUUUGGACAGAGCAGUUCUGCUGCUGCUGCUUCCUCCGUCUGUCUCUGAGGACUUUUCCAAAACUCCACAUGGGACAGACCCGGACAAGACCACGACUGGACUCUGGCCUGGAGCAGUUCGGCUCCAAACUCAAAUCGAUGUGAAGGACUGA